AUGCCUCUGACUAACGAACGUUUAACUAACUUAAUUGAGUUUAAUAGUAAACUCGACCCCUAUUGGGCUCAUCUAGCAAUCGCAACUGUGGUUUCCUGUAACUUCCCUGAAUUGAUACCGAAAAUAUAUAUUGCAAAAUUAUUACAGUUACAAGAACAUAGUCAGCAAAGAUCAUUGCAAGACAUAAUCCUGAGGGCAGAAACUCUUUUACUUCAUCGAGAUGAGUUAAACUCAGAAUUUGCUGAAGUGAAUGAUGCACAAAUUAAAUUUAAUUCAGAAAUUAAGGAAGUUAUCCUUAAAGAAAGCGCAUUGGUGGGGAUACCUAGAGCAAUAAAUGGACUUAAAUCAUUGUAUACAACCACACCGAAAUCAUUAUUGAAUGAGAAAGGGGACUUACAUCCACAGAAUGCAUAUAUUAGUGAAACUGUCAGGAGACGAGAUGAAUCACACAAUUUGGAGAGAGGUCUCAAUCAUUGGAACAAGACAUAUGGCAAAGUUUCCAUGAGAAUUAUAAAUGAUUUGAAUGAUUUCUAUCCUGAUUUAUGGCAGUUUAUAAUAAAAGAUGUUUACGGUGAUGUAUUAUCAUAUGGGAAGAUUAUUGAUGCAAGUUUGACCAGUUUAGUGGUCAUUUGUGCUUUGAUUCCAUUAGAUGUUAAUGCCCAAUUGCGUGGGCAUUUGAGGGGUGCAUUGAAUGUCGGCUGGGAUCGGAAUUUCAUUGAUGUAGUAAGGAAUUAUUCGUUAAUGAUAUCUGUCUGGUGUGGAGUUCAUUGGAAGACUGAUGUAGUGAAAUUAUAA